GGUCCAGCGUCAUGAAGCGAGGAUGGAUUCUCAUCGGGUGGAUCUACUUAACUCUCCAGGUGAUUGAAGUGACGAGUCAUGGAAGGCUCAUGGAUCCACCAGCGAGGAACAGCAUGUGGCGAUUUGGUUUUCCCAAUCCCGUGAACUACAACGACAAUGAGCUUUUUUGCGGCGGCUACGCCGUGCAGUGGGUGCAGAAUGAGGGGCAGUGCGGAAUAUGCGGUGAUGCUUAUCACUUGAAGGAACCUAGGCCUCACGAGGCCGGGGGAGAAUUCGCUAAGGGCACUAUUACGAGACAUUACACCGUUGGACAGGACAUUGACAUUGAAAUAGAGCUAACAGCCAAUCAUCAAGGUUACUUUGAGCUGUACAUGUGUCCGAACAACAAUCCCCGUCUACCAGCAACUCAAGAAUGCUUCGACAAGUAUCCCCUUUACCUCAGCGGUACGGAAGAAGUGAAAUUCGUAAUACCAGAGGACAGUGAUAAAAAAGCUGUUUUUCGGUAUCGAGUAACAUUACCACCUUACCUCACCUGCUCUCAAUGCGUAAUGCAGUGGAAUUAUUACACAGGCAAUAUGUGGGGCACAUGUGCCAAUGGUACAGAAGCCGUUGGUUGUGGCAGACCCGAGACCUUCAGAAAUUGUGCCGAUGUUAAUAUUGUAACGAGCACUGGUGCUGUACCACCUUCAUUCAUUCAUCAACAGGAUAAUCCAUUUGUUCUGUAUUAUCAGGAUUACAGAUUAGAGAAUCAAGUUUUACCACUUGUGAUUAGAUCACAGGUCUGUUUACCACAUAAACAUUACAGAUUUAUACCGGGAAUGGACAAGUGGUGUCAGACUAAUUGCUUGAGGUAUCCACCUCAUUGCCCAGAGAAUAUCUGCACUUGUCCAGAGGAGUGUACAGCAGUAGGCGAAUUAGAAGGAAAAAUCGGUGCUGAUGUCUACUGCAUGGAUCAGUGUCUCGUUUACCCCUCACACUGUCCAUCACAACGUUGCCAAUGUGUCUAGCAUCACCAGUUGAUUGAUGAAAAAAAAAACCUGUAAUUUUAAUGGCAAAUAAAACACAACAGUUUACAUCUUA